CGCAGUCUCUGGUCAUCCCCUGUACUGUGUCCGCAGUCUCUGGUCAUCCCCUGUACUGUGUCCGCAGUCUCUGGUCAUCUCCUGUACUGUGUCCGCAGUCUCUGGUCAUCCCCUGUAGUGUGUCCGCAGUCUCUGGUCAUCCCCUGUAGUGUGUCCGCAGUCUCUGGUCAUCUCCUGUACUGUGUCCGCAGUCUCUGUCCAUUUUUUUUCUUGUUUUCCGCCUCUAAAACCUAGGCGUGUAUUAUGGUCAGGUGCGUCUUAUGGAGUGCGAAAUACGGUAGUUUGCUUCCUGAUUAAAAUAUGGGCAUUGUUUUCU